AUGGAUUAAUAUAUAGGAUUUCAAUUAGAUUUAACUUCAUUUAAUUCAAUUAAGCAAAUCAUUUAAAUGAAAGAUGGAUAUGUUGUCUUUGGUGAAUAAUAAGUUGAAUAAAAAUUAAGUAUUUAUUUUAUUUAUCUAAGGAUCUGUUUCAUUAGCUAUGAGUAAUUAAAAGCUUCUUUAUUUUGAAAUAAAGAAUGGAGAAUGUAUUUCUGAGAAACCUUAUUAAAUUGGAUAAGGAUUGGCAGUAUUAUCAAAUAUUAUUGCAAAUGAAAAUCACAUUCUAGCUUUAAUUUCUCGUUAGGGUAAUAGAUGUUUAGUACAAUUCAAUCCUAAAGAGCAUACAAAUAUUCAUUUAAUUCCAAGUUUACCUUAUAAAUAGUAUAAUAAUAAUAAUUAGAUAUUAAAUAGAAUGUGAGUCUAAUUAUAAUGUUUAUUCCUUUAAAGAUAGAGUGACUUUGAUUGAACUUUAUAAAUUAGAAAAUUCAAUAGUUUUAGAAUUGUUAAAUUACCCCGAUGGAUAUCAUACUGGAAAGAAAUUUAAAAAAGGAUAGUAAAUUUAAACACUAAAGAUUUACAAUACUAAUCAUAUUUUGAUUAUAGCAGAUGAAGAAUUCUAUUUAUUUGAUGGUUCAGGGGAUUUAUUCUCAAUUAAUAUAUAGAUGCCAUCAGAAUAUAAAUUAAAAUUUAUAUUAGAAAUUUAAGAUCAAUAUGUUUUAGUUAUGAAAGAUCGAAUGGACAAAUUCUAUAAAUUUUGUAAUAAGGAACAUGAAAUAGAUUACUUUAGUACUUUCAAGUGUUAAGAAUUAAUAAAUGGAUAAUUUGAUGUCUAAACAACAAAGAAAUAAUCAAUCAACUUAUCAAAAUAGAAAGAAAAUUAUUACAUAUGGAUUAGUACAAUUUAUUAAUGUGAAGAUAAUUAAAACUAAUUAUUUGUGAAUGUGUUUAAGAUUAACAUUGAUUAAGAACCAUCAUUAAUAUAAAGUUAUGAAUUAUGGAAGAGUUAAGAAAUAAGUUUCAUAUAAAAAGAUGAAUUUGUACAUGAAUAUAUAUUGUUUAAAGAUGAACAAGUCAUUAAGGCCUUUUGUAUCAAUCAAUUUAAAUGA